AUGGAAGUGCAUGCGAAGACACCAGCGCUGAAGGAGGUGCCAAAUCUGAUGCUGGACGAGACGACAGGAAAGAUGUACCGGAGGGGGCGAUUCCUGGGUAAAGGCGGUUUUGCGCGAUGCUAUGAACUGCUCGAUAUCAAAGAAGGGCGGAUGUAUGCGGGCAAAAUUGUUGCAAAAAUACUUCUGCUCAAAAAUCACCAGAGGGAAAAGAUGGCACAAGAAAUCCGAAUUCAUCGCACAUUGGAUCACAAGCACAUUGUGCGGAUGGAUGGAUUCUUCGAGGAUUCCGAUAACGUCUACAUUUUGUUGGAGCUUUGCCCGCGCAGAUCACUGAUGGAGCUACAUAAGCGUCGUACAUGUGUCACAGAGCCGGAAGCACGCUAUUUCAUGAGACAGGUGCUUUUUUUUAGUCCUUUUAUCUGCUUCAAUUUGAGUGACAGCAUCGUUUCCCCCAAAAUAUCGUUGCUGCAGAUUGUGGAAGCGUGUGCGUAUCUGCACGACAACAGAAUUAUUCAUCGCGAUUUGAAGUUGGGCAAUCUGUUUCUGAACGAUAACAUGGAGAUCAAAGUGGGCGAUUUUGGCCUAGCGACAAUUGUGGAAAAUGAAGGCGAGAGAAAAAAGACGCUAUGCGGGACACCAAAUUACAUUGCGCCUGAAAUGUUAGACAAAAAAGGGCACUCAUACGAAGUUGAUAUUUGGGCUAUCGGCUGUAUCCUGUAUACGCUGCUGGUAGGAAGGCCACCGUUUGAAACUUCGUCGCUCAAGGAUACAUAUAAUAGAAUCAAAAACAACACAUAUACAAUUCCAAAUGAUAUUUCUGAGGAAUCUGUGCAGCUUAUUCGAUGCCUGCUACAAACUGAUCCUACCCAGCGACCGACUGUUCACCAGUUGCCGCAAUUCUUGUUCUUUAAUGGAUAUACACCAGUACGUUUGCCUACGUCGUGCCUUACAAUGGCUCCGAAAUUUGCGAGCGUUGAUCUGCCCAGUAUGCUAAAUAAGGAAGAAGCGCCGAUCAAUCUUCAUGAGCAAAUGCGUAAGGAUCCAACGGCUGCAUCUGUGCGUCCUUUGGCAACAGUUCCGGAAAUGCAGGUUCUUCCAGUUGCCAAGCAAUCCAUACAUGGUGUACGAGGUAACUACUGCUCUUGUACAGCUGAAAGUAUCACAGAUAAUGUUUGGGAAGUAUGA